GUGGGCCGUUCCGCCCGGGACAGCCGCCCGGGCAGCGUCCCGCCUGCCCAGCCAUGGGGCCGCUGCGCUGGCUGCCGCUGCUCUGGCUGCCGCUGCUCUGCCAGCUGCUGCUGCUGCGGCUGCUAGCGGCCCACUCGGCCGGCCCCAUCCAGGCCUUCGUGGUGCCCCACAGUCACAUGGACGUGGGCUGGGUCUACACGGUCCAGGAAAGCAUGCGGGCCUAUGCAGCCAAUGUCUACACUACUGUGGUGGAAGAAUUGACUCGCAGGCAGCACCGGCGCUUCAUCGCUGUGGAGCAAGAGUUCUUCCGGCUGUGGUGGGAUGGUGUGGCCUCUGAGAAGCAGAAACACCAGGUCCGCCAGCUCCUGGAUGAAGGACGCCUGGAGUUUGUGCUCGGAGGCCAGGUCAUGCAUGACGAGGCUGUGACCCACUUGGACGACCAGAUCCUACAGCUCACAGAAGGACAUGGCUUUCUUUAUGAGACAUUUGGGAUCCGGCCACAGUUCUCCUGGCACGUGGACCCCUUUGGUGCAUCAGCGACGACCCCAACCCUGUUUGCCCUGGCAGGCUUCAACGCCCAUCUCAUCUCCCGGAUUGAUUACAACCUCAAGGAUGCCAUGCAGGAAGCCCAGGGUCUGCAGUUCGUGUGGCGUGGGUUCCCAUCCCUGUUGGAGCAGCAGGAGAUCUUCACUCACACCAUGGACCACUAUAGCUACUGCACCCCCUCACACAUCUCCUUCUCUAACAGGUCUGGAUUUUACUGGAAUGGUGUAGCCGUCUUCCCGGAGCCGCCCCCAGAUGGCAUGUAUCCCAACAUGAGUGAGCCCGUCACCCCAGCCAACAUCCACCUCUACGCUGAAGCCCUGGUGGCCAAUGUUAAACAGAGGGCCGCGUGGUUCCGGACUCCCCAUGUCCUCUGGCCCUGGGGAUGUGACAAGCAGUUUUUCAAUGCCUCGGUGCAGUUUGACAACAUGGACCCCCUGCUGGAGUACAUCAACAAUCGCACGGCCCAGUACGGCGUCUCAGUGCGGUACGCCACACUGAGAGAUUACUUCCAAGCCCUGCACGCCUUCAACAUGACCUGGGCCACCCAUGACCACCGUGACUUCCUUCCCUAUUCUUCAGAACCACAGCAGGCCUGGACCGGCUUCUACACAUCCCGCAGCACCCUGAAGGGGUUAGCAAGGCAAGCCAGUAGCAUGCUGUAUGCCGGGGAGUCCAUGUUCACACGCUACAUGUGGCCAGAGCCCCAUGGGACUGUGGACCCUAUGUGGGCCCUGCAGCAGCUCCAACAGCUUCGCUGGGCUGUAUCUGAGGUUCAGCACCACGACGCCAUCACAGGCACUGAGUCCCCCAAGGUGAGCAACAUGUACAUGGAACAUCUCAGAAUGGGGAUUCUGGGCGUACGCAAGCUUAUGGCCUCCAUUGCCCUGGACAGGCCCCCAGUGUCUGACACAGACAAAGGGCCUGUGGGAUACUUUGCUUCUGUGUACAACCCACUGGCCUGGAAGAUCACCACCAUUGUCACCCUGACUGUUGCUUUCCCCAAUGUAAGCGUCACCGAUGAGUUGGGCCACCCAGUGUCAGCACAGAUUCAGAACUCUACAAAGGACCCUUCGGCCUAUGACCUGCUUAUCCUGGCCACCAUCCCAGGCCUCAGCUACCGGCACUACAAAGUCAGGCGCACCCGUGGGGACCAGGCAGAUACCCACGCCGCCCCCAUGGCCAGCACCCUCAAGUAUAGUCUCAAGCUGAGGAACCAGACUAGCCAGGGAGGCAGGUUCCUGGUGCCUGUGACCAACGACUGCUAUACUUUGCUGUUCGACCAGGAAACCAACAUGUUACAUAGUAUUCAGGAGAGACAGAGCAACCACACAGUGCUCAUGACGCAAGAGUUCCUGGAGUACCAUGCCAACGGAGAUGUGAAGCAGGGCCCCAUUUCAGACAAUUACCUGUUUGCGCCAAAUGAUACCGCUAAGCCUGCCUGGGAAGCAGUGGGGAUGGAGAUGGUGGUGGGCCAGCUGGCAACGGACAUAAGGCAGUACUUCUACAGGAAUAUAACAGACCAGGAUUACAUCUAUGCAAUCCACUCUCGUCUGGCCCAUGUGCAUCCGAGCCCCUCUGGGGAACUGCUCUGCCAACGGAUAGAGCAGCAGUACCACGUGGGUCCCCUGGAGCUGAACCGUGAGGCCAUCCUGAGGACCAGCAGUGACCUAAACAGCCAGCAAAUCCUCUACUCUGACAACAAUGGCUACCAGAUGCAGCAGAGGCCCUACAAGGCUUUCAAGAGCAACCCUAUCGCCCGGAAUUACUACCCCAUGGUACAGUCAGCCUUCAUCGAAGAUGACAAGAGCAGGCUGGUGCUGCUGGCAGAGCGAGCACAUGGUGUCUCCAGUCAAGAGAGUGGUCAGGUGGAGGUAAUGCUCCAUCGGCGGCUUUGGAACAACCUGGCCUGGGACCUGAACUACAACCUCACGCUAAAUGACACCUCCGUUGUGCACUCAGAGCUCUGGCUUCUGCUGGGGUCGAAACCCAUCGCUACUGCCCUGCGCCCACGGAGUGGGGUGGCGCUGCAGCACAGGCCUGCCGUGCUGUUCAGAGAGCUAACUGAUGAAGAGGCCCUCAUUCACGGACCCAAGAACCCCCAGGCUGUGGCAUUACCCCCCAACCUGCACUUGCAGAUCCUCAGCAUUCCCGGCUGGAACUACAGCAGGAACCAUGCCCAGCAACUGAAGAACCUUCGGAGAGGCCCCCAGAAGAAGCCCCAGGUCAACCUCCAGCGUGUGCUGCUUCGCCUGCACCACCUGUACGAAGCAGGGGAGGACCCAACGCUGUCUCAGCCUGCGGCAGUGGACCUCAAGGUAGCCCUUCAAGGACUAGGGUCCGUAGUAGCUGUGGAGGAACGCUCACUCACAGGGACCUGGGACAAGCAGAUGCUGCAGCGCUGGCACUGGAGGACAAAGACUGGCCACCUAAGAGGCCACCCCACCUCCCUACCCGAGUCACCAGGAGACGCCAUCAUCACUGUGUACCCCAAGGAAAUCCGGACCUUCUUCAUUUACUUCCAGCGGUAACCAACACAGUAGGCCCAGGACCAUGGAACUGAAAUCCUUGCCCUGCCCCAGAUGAACCUCAGAGGGAAGAGAAAGCUGCUCACCCAACAGCUGUGUGGCAGAAAGCAGCCGCGUGGGGGCAGGGGUCUCUCAUAUUUUAUUAAUAAAAUAGUAAGGUCUGGG